GACGCUUACGUUUAUAUAAUGCCAGGCCCGGGAAAGUAAGACCAUUGAAUCGUCGACUGUCAAAGACACGCGUUACAACGAACUUCACUGGGAAGCAUGAAGCUCUGCUUGCCUGUUAUCUUCGUCGCCCUCGUGGCCACCCUUCUACACUCGACAGAAUACGCAGCUGCAAAAGACAUUUGCCCUCUGGAGGACUGUCUCAAUUCUGACAAAUGCGAGUACACGCUGGUCGGUGGAAUAUGUCCGCAAUCAACUGACACGUGUUGCAGCGUAGUAAAAGCAGAGUACAGAACGCACUGCCACCAGUUCGGAGGCGAGUGCAUGGACUCCUGCACCCAAAGCCUGCAGCAAAGCGUCGUCGAUUGUCCAGCCGAUCAAGUCUGUUGCACAUUAGUUUAAGAGAACCACAAUAAAAGCUAUCCGCGGCUACGUAGCGUUAACAUAAGCGAUUAGUCUGCGACAUCGGCUCCAUCGUGCCCGUUUACGGCGUUGCGUGUAAUAACUUGAACCCAGUCACGGUACAUCUGUUGGCAGCAAAGUAGAAACACGGCUUAAUUGGUUUUACAAUUACAACGGUACGUACCUCGGUGAGAGGUUUCCGAGCGGCUAAUGCGUGCGGUUAAUGAAAAAUCGAUUUCAUCGCUAUAUAAUUGUCGAGAACCACGAGGACCUGUCACAGAUGUGAGACUGGUCGACGAUAAAUAGUGCAAACAUAUACAAACAGGUUAUCCGCGGCGCGCGGUUCCCCGUGGAUCCUUGCGAGACACGGCGUCGUUGAUUUAUUUGGACGUGGAGCGAGAAAGUAUGCAAGAGUGCGUAAAUGUUACACAGUUACCAGGUUAACAAGUAUUUAUAAUAAAAUAUGCGCGUUAAAAUGUUUGUUAUUUAUCGCUGAACCUUUCCAGCGUAUAGAAGAUCUAGCGAUUCACCGAUCGUUAUUCAUUCAAAAAUGGAAAUCCGACGGGAAUCGAAUAUCACAUCUCAAGAAACAUUAUCACGAUAGUAAACUCCGUCUGAUAAUGCAGUCAAUAAUGUAGCGUUCUCCAGUUGGUACAAUCUAAUCUGCAUUAUCGUGUCAGAAUGGAUUGUAGUUCCGAUGCAAUGUACGUUUGAAUGUAAU